GAAUUUAAAAUUCUAAUCUUCAACCCUUUUUGUCAGGAACCGUAGAACACGAGGCCCUUUCGACUUGCAGUACAGUUCCGGUCAAGGAAACCCCCUCGGAUGGCAUGAGGAGGGAGAGCAGUGAGAGGGUGGCAUGGUGGGAUUGGUGGAUGGAGAUCAGAUGUAAGAGAUCUGAAAUUCAAGCAAAAUGGGGAGGAAGAGGGCUCCAUUCAAGGCUCCUUGCAGGGGAUAUCUUUUCUUCUCUGAUCCAGCCUUACCCUGGUAGUCCGGUCACUCACGCAGCCCUUGCUUUCUUUUUCUUGUCAUUUUCUUUACCUGCUAACAGUAGACCUGUCGGUCACACAAACAUUGCUCUCUCUUGCUAGCCAACGCUUUGAACCUUAGAAACACUUGCCUCUCUUAUUUAAACAUCUGUUUUUCAUUUCUUUUUCUCACUUUCACUUGCUCUUCUCCCUUACUCUGAGACCCGUUUAAGCUGCUGCAACAUUCUUCCAGUUACUCACUCUCCCUAGCUUCAUUAUUUUAGUCCAACAAUGUCAAGGAACUCCUUCAGUUCGUUUUACGAAAAUACCGCUUAUCAACAUUUUAUUGUCCCAUUUGAUGUUGAAUUGGAUGAUGAAUUACUGAUCAAUACUGAUAAUCUCUUUAUCAGUGAUGAGAUUGGUAGUGGUGGAGCAUCCACCGUCUACCAGGGAUGGUAUGAUGAUGAUGAAGUGGCUAUAAAGUUCAUACAGAAUUAUAGCAGAAACAAUGAAGAAAAGGAGAAUCUGGAAAACAAUAUAACAAAUGAGAUCAAUAUUAUGUAUCGAAUGAAACAUAAAAAUGUAACCGAGUUGAUUGGUGCCUCUGUGCGUCCAGGAGCUAUCACUAUAGUGAUGGAGCUUUUGAAAAAUGGAUCACUAACCGAUUAUUUUGAUCAUUUAAACGAAAUUGAUGAGCAUCUACAUCUAACAAAAAGUAUAAAGUUUGCUUUGGAUGUUAGUACAACCAUGGAAUAUUUACAUAAAGGGGGUAUCAUCCACUUGGACUUAAAGUCCGAGAAUCUUCUUCUCUCGGAUGAUAAAACAACAUUAAAGUUGGCAGAUUUUGGGCUAGCGCAAGACUCUUCUAAAGUGAAUGAAAUAACUGCUGGGAAGGGCACAUACAAAUAUAUGGCUCCUGAGCUCUUUAAUCGCGAGGGGAAGAAAUACUGUAGUAACAAGUAUGACAUCUAUAGUUUCUCGAUCAUUUUCUGGGAGUUACUGACAACCAAAAGGGUAUAUGAUGAUGAGGAUAUAUCAUGGGUGAAAAAUUAUGUUUUGAAUGAGGAAGGAAGGCCUAGUCUAGAAUGCAUUCCAGUUCAAGUCAUUCCCCUCUUGGAGAGAUGCUGGGCAACCGAACCUGACAAACGUCCAGAGUUCACUGAAAUUAUUGAAGUUCUGUCUGAUUUGGUUUAGAUCCAGGAGAAGCCAGCACCAGCCAACAAAAAUGUGGAUGAUGAUUCUUUUGCUGCCAGCUACCAGGAACUCAAAUUAACUACCUCUAUGGUCAUCGGAGAAGAUACUACAACAUUUUUUUCAUGUUUUUUUUUUUCACUUAGUUUUGUUGUUUGAAUCCCCCAAAAGGCACUAUGUGGAAUUACUAGACUCUAGGAAAUGGAUUACUGUUGUGGCCUUAUGAGGCAUAAUGUUUUUAUGGGUUUCACUUUUGAUUUUUUUUUUUUUUUAAUUGGUAUGACGAGAAACUCAGUAAUCUAGCUCUGUUUUUCCACUUGUAUUUGAUGGUUUUUGUUGGCAAAUUCCUUUUCCUUCCCCUCCAUUAAUUUUUUUUUUUUGGCAGUAACUUUAUUUGAUUUGAUAUCUUGGUGUUUAUUGCAAUGAAUUAGGGAGAUGCCACCACAGCUCCGGAUGUUGGGAAUCAUUUUCCUUAGGUCUAAAGCUGUAAAAGAGGAAAAAGGUAAUUUACAUCUUGUUCAUGUUGUUUUAGAAGUGGUUUGUGACUUCUUGCUAGUUUACAAGUUAAAUUUUUUGGUUGAUGAAUUGCAGGCAUACAAGAGGUUGGAGGAUUACAAUAUUCCAAUUAUUACAUUGAAAAGAAAAUUUGCAAUAAAACUUUUGACACUGUUUCUGUACCUACUGCUUAUUUUUGGAGUUGCAAACCCACAGAGCAGAACAUAGUGAUUCUCCAGUUUUCUCUUUUUUGAAUGCUGAUUUUGAAUGUCUUUGAUUGUUGUUGAGUGAUCAAAAACAUAGUGGUUUCUGUUCUAUCAAUGCAUGGAAGGGGUUAAACACUUCUCUCCAAGCCCCCCUCCCCCUCUUUCUCUCAAAUACUGGUUCAACAUUUUUUCUCUCCAGAACCAAUGAUGCAGACCAAGGUGUUUGCUCAUUCUGCUGCAAGGGAAGGAAAGCAGAACUCUAUUGCAAUUCUGUUACUGAUAGUACAUACCAUUUUUUCUUCAUUUGUUACUAUCUAUUCAAGCACCCGGAAAACUCACAAAAUGUUUUUUGUUUGAAACACUUCAUGGGAGGUAAUUUGACAGAGAGGGAGUUGGAGAUGCUUUUGGGGAUCCUGUGGACACAGUGCCAGGAAUGUUCAUGCUUGAGGUUUUAUUUCUUCCUCAGUUUAUGUUUAUACAUAUUGCUUUGGGCUUUAAGAUCACAUUAUGGAUGGUUUUCACAUUGGUUUUGAGUUGGGAUUGUCAAGUUUGGAGAAAGAAGGCAUACAAGAACAUGGCCGAAGCUAAGAUGCAAUUGGAUCGGUUGAAUUUUUUAAUUGUCAUGUUCUCUCCUACAGUGAUGACCCCAAAUGCCGUAGCUCUUGUUGAAUACAUCCUGAGGUUAUUGGUGUAGUUGUAAACUGGGAUAUGGUGUUCAGAAUCAAUUCAUUAGCAUAGGUUUGUAUGAAAUUACAGAAUCACAUAGCUUCCUUGGAAAUCCAUUGAGGAGUGAAAAUGCAGGCAUCACAUUCAAUGGUGAAAUUCAGAGGGAGAUGAGCUGUUUUUUCUCUGAAUGUCUCCACCAUUGUUAACAGUGUAGCUAGGUUUAAUCUAACUCUAUUUUUUGGAUCAGUUGUACUACUAGAACUGAGAUCUUAUUACUGUUGAUCCAUUCAGUUCUGAUUCCUUAU